AUGGUUCAGUCUGCUGCUUCACCGGGUUCUCCGGUGACGAUUAGGGUUUCGGCGGGCGGCGGGGGAGGCUUCAGAGGGAUGGGCUUGACCAGCCCGGUUCCCCGCUUGUCCCUGUCCAACAAUCCCCGCUCCCCCGCCGCCGGGAGGUCUCGCAGGGCCUCCAGCGGCGGCGGCGGAAGGUACUCCGCCGCCUCCAAGGUGGCGGAGGCCGAGGAGGAGGUUUCCACGGAUUUCGUCCACUACACCGUCCACAUCCCCCCCACCCCCGACCACCCUCUCAGCUCCGCUUCCGUGCCGGAGAGGAGCUACGUCUCCGGCACCAUCUUCACCGGCGGGUUCAACUCCGUCACCCGCGGCCAUGUCAUGGACUGCUCCACCGACGACCCCGAGGCGGCGGCGGCGGGAGGGGCAGCGGCCAAGUCCACGGCGAUGGUCUGCGCGAUGAACGGAUGCGACGGCGAGGUCUUCUCCCUCCGGAACUCGAAGCUUCCCUGCGAGUGCGGCUUCAUGACCUGCAAGGAGUGCUAUCAGGAGUGCGCCGGUGCCGGCGGCCACUGUCCAGGCUGCAAGGAGCCCUACAGGGACGAAAGCAGCGACGAGGACGACGGUGACCCGCAUAGGGUUUUAGACGAGGAAGAAGAAGAUGAGCAAGUUCUCCCGCUAGCAUCAAUGGCGGAGUGCCGCCUGAACAGAAGGCUCUCCCUGAUGAGGUCCACCAAGAUCCCCAACCACAACUCCGACUUCGACCACACCCGAUGGCUCUACGAGACCAAGGGGACCUACGGCUAUGGCAACGCCGUCUGGCCCAAGACCGGGUACGCCGGCGGCGACCUCCAUGGCUUUGAAGACCCCCCCAAUUUCGGGGAGAUCAGCAGAAGACCGUUGACGAGGAAGGUGGGCGUCUCCGCCGCCAUCAUCAGCCCCUACAGGUGAUUCCCAGCUUCUGUGAUGUCUCUGGUUCCUGAUCUGAUUGAGUAUAAAACGAUCUCAGUCACUGAUGAGGAAACUCUUCCAGGUUGCUGAUGGUGAUUCGUCUGGUGGCGCUCGGAUUCUUCCUCGCAUGGAGGAUCCGGCAUCCGAACCCCGAGGCGAUGUGGCUGUGGGGGACGUCAGUCAUCUGCGAGCUCUGGUUCGCCUUCUCAUGGCUGCUGGAUCAGCUCCCCAAGAUCUGCCCGGUGAACAGGGUCACCGAUCUCGCUGUUCUCAGGGAGCGCUUCGAGUCCCCGAGCAUCAGAAACCCUAAAGGGAGAUCCGAUCUCCCCGGAAUCGACGUGUUCGUCUCCACCGCAGAUCCAGAGAAGGAGCCCCCCCUCGUCACGGCAAACACCAUCCUCUCCAUCCUCGCCGUCGAGUACCCCGUCGAGAAGCUCGCCUGCUACCUCUCCGACGACGGCGGGUCCCUCCUCACCUUCGAGGCCAUGGCGGAGACUGCGAGCUUCGCGAGGAUCUGGGUGCCCUUCUGCAGGAAGCACAGCAUCGAGCCCCGGAACCCGGAGGCCUACUUCAGCCAGAAGCGCGACUUCCUGAAGAAGAAGGUGAGGAUUGACUUUGUCCGGGAGAGGAGGAGGGUCAAGCGGGAGUACGACGAGUUCAAGGUGAGGGUCAACUCCCUGCCGGAGUCGAUCCGGAGAAGAUCAGACGCGUACAACGCACGGGAGGAGCUCCGCGCCAGGAAGCGGCAGCAGGAGGAGGAGGUCAACUCCGGCGAGCCCAUCAAGGUCCCGAGGGCCUGCUGGAUGCCCGACGGCGAGCACUGGCCGGGGACCUGGCCCUCCGGUGAAGCCGACCACUCGAAGGGAGACCACGCCGGCAUAAUCCAGGUGAUGCUGGCGCCGCCGAGCUCGGAGCCGGUGAUGGGCGGCGGCGGCGCCGCCGAGAAGACGACCGUCGUCGACACCGCCGGCGUCGACACUCGGCUGCCGAUGCUGGUCUACGUCUCGAGGGAGAAGAGGCCCGGCUACGACCACAACAAGAAGGCCGGCGCCAUGAACGCACUGGUCAGAGCCAGCGCCAUCAUGUCCAAUGGCCCCUUCGUCCUCAACCUCGACUGCGACCACUACGUCUACAGCUCCUCCGCUCUGAGGGAGGCGAUGUGCUUCAUGCUCGACAGGGGCGGCGACAGGAUCAGCUACGUCCAGUUCCCCCAGAGAUUCGACGGCGUUGACCCCAACGACCGCUACGCCAACCACAACGCCGUCUUCUUCGAUGUCAGCAUGCGGGCCCUCGACGGGUUGCAGGGCCCCAUGUACGUCGGCACCGGCUGCGUCUUCCGGCGGAUCGCCCUCUACGGGUUCUCCCCUCCCAGAGCCACCGAGCACGUCGGCUGGUUCGGCCGGAAGAAGAUCAAGCUUCUCCUCGGCCACAAGCUCCCCUCCAUGGGGAAGAAAAAGAACCAAGACGACGUUCUGGAAGAAGAGGAUGAAGUAGGAGAUGUGGAGAACCAGCUGCUGCUACCGAAGAGGUUCGGGAGCUCGCCGGCGCUGGUGGCAUCCAUCCCGGCGGCGGAGUUCCAGGGGCGGCUGCUGCAGGGCACGCAGGGGAUCCAGCAGGGCCGGCCGGCGGGGGCCCUCGCCGUGCCGCGUGAGCCGCUGGACGCGGCAACCGUUGCAGAGGCCAUCGCCGCCAUCUCUUGCUUCUUCGAGGAGAAGACCGAGUGGGGGCAGCGCGUGGGGUGGAUCUACGGCUCCGUGACGGAGGACGUGGUCACCGGCUACCGCAUGCAUAACCGCGGGUGGCGCUCCGUAUACUGCGUCACCAAGCGGGACGCCUUCCGUGGGACGGCGCCGAUCAACCUCACCGACAGGCUGCACCAGGUGCUCCGGUGGGCGACGGGCUCGGUGGAGAUCUUCUUCUCGAGGAACAACGCGAUCUUCGCAGGCCGGAGGAUGAAGUUUCUGCAGAGGGUGGCCUACUUCAACGUGGGGAUGUACCCCUUCACCUCCAUCUUCCUCCUGGCCUACUGCGUCGUCCCCGCCGUCUCUCUCUUCACCGGCAAGUUCAUCGUGCAGUCGCUGAGCGCCACCUUCCUCAGCUUCCUGCUCGCCAUCACCGUCACCCUGUGCUUGCUGGCGCUGCUGGAGAUCCGCUGGUCGGGGAUCACCCUCCACGACUGGUGGCGCAACGAGCAGUUCUGGCUGAUCGGCGGCACCAGCGCCCACCCGGCGGCGGUGCUGCAGGGGCUGCUGAAGGUGAUCGCUGGAGUGGACAUCUCCUUCACGCUCACCUCCAAGCCCGCCGCCGGCGACGACGACGACGCCGACGCCGCCUUCGCGGAGCUGUACGCCGUGAAGUGGAGCUUCCUGAUGGUGCCGCCCAUCACUAUCAUGAUGCUGAACGUGAUCGCCAUCGCCGUGGGACUGGCGCGGGCCAUGUACAGCCGGUUCCCGCAGUGGAGCAAGCUCCUCGGCGGCGUGUUCUUCAGCUUCUGGGUGCUCUGCCAUCUGUACCCCUUCGCCAAGGGCCUCAUGGGGCGGCGCGGCCGCGUCCCCACCAUCGUCUUCGUCUGGUCCGGUCUCCUCUCCACCAUCAUCUCCCUGCUCUGGGUCUACAUCGACCCCCCCGCCGGCGCCAGGGACGACUCCACCAUGGCCUUCCGCUUCCCCUGA